AUGCAUCUUGAUCUGCACGGAUCACGGAACUGCUGCAGGGUGCACGAGUGCCGCGUAACCGCUCACUGCUCGACGACGAAGACAUGCCCUGCCAACCCGCCAUACCCGGCUCUAUUAUCUCCACCCAGCGCCGGAUUCAAUUGGCGAGGUAUCGAGACCCACUAUCCAGUCGAGAAGCUCGCACAAUUGCCGUCCGGAAGGAGGAAGAAGCUUCCAAAAGUCCAGUAUGAUUUUGAACAAGAGGAGACACCCCUGUACGGGGAGCUUAUGCGAAAGCGGCGGCAAGCUGCAGUAAAGGCGGCGUUCAUGCGCUGCUGGAGAUCCUACAAGGAACGUGCGUGGACGAAAGACGAGUUGCGACCCAUCUCAGGUGGAUCAGCGAGGACCUUCGGCGGGUGGGGAGCGACCUUAGUCGAUAGCCUCGACACGCUCUGGAUCAUGGACCUAAAAGCCGAGUUCCGCGAAGCCGUCGACGCCGUCACUGAAAUCGACUUCAAGCCCGGUGAUGGCGAAGUCAACAUGUUCGAGAUCACUAUUCGCUACCUGGGCGGCCUGCUGGCGGCGUACGACCUGACCGACUGCAAAGACAGCAGACUCCUCGAGAAGGCCAUGGAGCUGGGCGACAUGAUCUACGCCAGUUUCGAUACACCAAGCCGCACGCCAAUAACCCGCUGGAACGCAAAGAAAGCCUCUAACGGCGAGAAGCAAACUGCAGCCGCAAACGCCAUCAUCGCAGAACUAGCAUCCUUCAGCAUGGAAUUCACCCGCCUCUCCCAACUCACCGGCGACAUGCGCUACUACGACGCCGUAACCCGCGUCACUGCCAUCCUCUCCUCGCAGCAAAAUGCUACCAAACUCCCGGGGCUCUGGCCCGUAGGCAUCAACGCGCAAACCCCCGACCUCACAUACGACACGCAGUUCAGCCUCGGCGCCAUGGCCGACAGCGCCUACGAAUACCUCGGAAAGACCUACCAACUGCUCCACGGCGUCGGCUCCGACGCCGCCCAGUACAAGAAAAUGUACAACUACGCCAUAGACUCCGUGAUAAAAUACCUCUUGUUCCGACCAAUGAUCCCCGACGAACAAGCAGACAUCCUCAUGCCCACCGUCGUCCGCGCCACCUCCCCCUCCAGCGUCUCCCAAGACCACACCGCGCAGCACCUCGCCUGCUUCGUCGGCGGCAUGCUCGCGCUGGGCGGCCGCCUGGCGCAAAACACCACGCACGUCGCCUACGGCCGCCGCGUAACCGACGCCUGCAUCUGGACCUACCGCAACGCGCCCCAUUCCAUCAUGCCCGAGAUCUUCACCAUGGCCGCCUGCCCCACGCACUCCGCCUGCGCCUACAACGCUAGCCACCCGUCGCAACAACACCCCGGCUUCGCCCGCGUCUCCGACGCGCGCUACAUGCUGCGCCCCGAGGCCAUCGAGUCCGUCUUCUACCUGUACCGCAUCACGGGCGACGCCAGCUACCAGGACAUCGCGUGGGACAUGUUCCAGGCGAUCGACAGCCAGAGCCGGACGGCGUACGCGAAUGCGGCGAUCCGCGAUGUGAUGCGCGACGAUGGCGUGAAGGAGGAUAAGAUGGAGAGCUUUUGGCUGAGCGAGACGCUGAAGUAUUUUUAUCUGGUGUUUAGUGAGCCUGGGUUUAUGAGCUUGGAUGAGUGGGUGUUUAAUACCGAGGCGCAUCCUUUUCGCUUGGGGACUUCUUAG